GACGGUGCGAGUGUGGGAUGCAUGGACGGGAGAGCCAUUGGGUGAGCCUUUGGAAGGGCAUGUUGAUGGAGUUUACUCAGUCUCGUUCUCACCGGAUGGUACUCGCAUUGCAUCUGGUUCAUCGGACAAUACUGUGCGCCUGUGGGAUGCGACGACGGGAGAGCCAUUGUUUGACUCAUUGGAGGGGCACACCGGUUGGGUUUGGUCGGUGUCAUUCUCACCGGAUGGUACUCGUGUCGUAUCUGGCUCGGGAGAUAAGACUGUGCGGCUGUGGGAUGUAGCCACGGGACAGCCAUUUGGUGAGCCGUUGGAGGGACACACUGCAUUGGUUUAUUCGGUCUCUUUCUCCCCGGAUGGUACUCGUAUCAUAUCUGGUUCAUCAGAUAAGACUAUCCGUCUGUGGUAUGCAGUGAAACUGCAGCCAUCGCCAGAAUCCUCCGCAUUUUCACUACACCAAAGCACUACCGAAGAACGUGAUAUCAUGCCAACGGACACUUGUAACGAUCAACCCAUUUGCUUUUCGUCCAACGUUGAACAUGCCUUGCCCAAUCCUGCUGACUUGCUCGAACCCACCUCUCAUGACAAUUCCAAUUCAACGCCUUUCUUGCUGCAGGAUGAUGGAUGGAUGAUGGGCCCCAAUCGCCGGCUCCUUUUCUGGGUACCUCCCGCUUCCCGAGAUGCAUUUUAUACUCCAUGGACUUCAUUGGUGAUCUCAAGAGGAGGUGUUGAGCUUGAUUUGAGCUGCAUGGCACAUGGUACAAACUGGUCGAGUUGUCGAGAUGCGUGA